AUGCUGCGCUUGCUGAAGAGAUUUCAACAUCUGCGACGAUGCUACUCGUCCGCGGCUCUGCCGGCGCCGGACACGAGCCCGCCGAUUCUGUACACGGGCAUAUUCAUCAAUAACGAAUGGCACAAAUCCAAGAGCGAGAAGACAUUUCCCACCGUCAAUCCCGCGACCGGUGAGGUGAUCGCCGAGGUGCAGGAAGGCGAUAGCGUGGACGUUGAUUUUGCGGUGCAGGCUGCCAAUAAGGCCUUCAAAAGGAAUUCACCAUGGAGAACCAUGGACGCCUCCCAAAGGGGAGUUCUCUUGAACAAACUGGCAGAUUUGAUCGAGCGCGAUCAUAAAUACAUUGCGUCCUUAGAAACUUUAGACAACGGGAAACCUUAUUCGAGCGCGUACAGCGUAGACGUGCCCAUGAGCGCUGGAGUGUUGAGAUAUUAUGCGGGAUGGGCCGAUAAGAAUCAUGGAAAAGUUAUCCCAGCCGACGGAAAAGUCUUCGCAUAUACUAGACACGAGCCAGUAGGAGUAUGCGGUCAAAUUAUUCCCUGGAAUUUUCCUUUCUUGAUGAUGGCAUGGAAGAUAGCACCAGCUUUAGCUACAGGAAACGUCAUUAUUCUGAAACCUGCUGAGCAGACUCCGUUAACGGCUCUUUAUAUGGCACAAUUGACUAAGGAAGCUGGAUUUCCUGAUGGAGUGGUCAAUGUCGUUCCUGGUUAUGGUAAAACCGGUGCCGCGUUAGUCGCUCACGACAAGGUCGACAAGAUCGCGUUUACGGGCUCUACCGAGGUCGGCCAGCUAAUAAAGCAAAAUGCUGCUAUACACAAGUUAAAGAGAACUACGCUGGAGUUAGGUGGAAAAUCUCCUAAUAUCAUUCUUAAAGAUGUCGAUAUAAAUCAGGCGGUGGAGACAGCGCAUUUUGGAUUAUUUUUUAACAUGGGCCAAUGCUGUUGUGCAGGCUCAAGAACCUUCGUUCAAUCGAACAUCUACGAUGAAUUCGUCGAAAAAAGUGCGCUCCGCGCUAAAACUAAGCCCGUGGGAGAUCCGUUUGACUUGAAAAUAGAACAAGGGCCGCAGAUUGACGAGGAGCAGUUAAACAAAAUUAUGCGUCUGAUAGAAACUGGUAAACAACAAGGCGCUAACUUGGUAACAGGCGGCGAGCGCAUUGGCGAUAGAGGCUAUUUCGUUGCUCCAACGGUAUUUGCAGAUGUUCAAGACGAUAUGACUAUAGCCAAAGAGGAGAUCUUUGGUCCGGUUCAGCAAAUCCUGAAGUUCGACGAUUUGGAAGAAGUAAUUGAACGCGCAAAUAACACCGAUUACGGAUUAGCUGCUGCAGUUUUUACGAAAGACCUUAAUAAAGCGAAUUACAUAGUGCAGGGUCUUCGCGCCGGUACCGUAUGGGUCAACACAUACAAUGCGAUAAUUCCUCAAGUGCCGUUUGGUGGAUACAAAAUGUCUGGACACGGCAGAGAACUUGGAGAAUAUGGACUUGAGGCAUACACGGAAGUAAAAAGCGUAAUAGUUCAACUUGAGGUGAAAAAUUCAUAAAAGUAUAUCAAGGUCGCUAUCAAAAAGUCAUUUUACAAGCAUUUUAUACCGCAAAAAGACCAAGUAUGAUUGUACAGGUAUUUUUUAUAUAAUUUUAAAAUUUAUUACAGAUUUUUAAUCUGUUGUAUUGCAGUUAAAGUUUUUGCAUUUUUCAUGUAUAAAAGUACUUACAGAUUGUGAAUACAAUUCGUAAUUCAGUUAUGAAUUACGAGCACACAUAAAGCAAUGUAGCAAUAGCUUUUGUAACAUAAGCUGCAAUAUGCAUGUAUAACAAAGAAAGCAUCGCACAAAAUAUUUUAAAUUCUUGAUUAUAUAUUCUUAAAAAUAUUCUAUAAAUAUUUUUUAUUAUUAUAAAACUUUACUUUCUAGUUUUAUUUCAUUUUGUUCAUUUUAUUCCCACUUGAGCAUAAUGUAUGUUAUACAUUAAGGAAAGUUUUCUCAAGCAAUUUAUCACAAUGCAGAUCUUGCUGUUAUUUGUGUGAAAUUUCACGCUUCAG